GCAUGCGCAGCGUUGACAGCCAGCGCUUCACAACAACCAGCUGAUUUCAGCCACUUAGUCACAGUGGUUUGCGUUUCUGUUCCGUUUCUAGCAUUAUCUUAACAGUCAUAUUUACAUUACCGUCUCCCCGGGCAGCCGGAGCCUGGACUCGUCGACCCGGUGAUGGCUGUGCUGAUACGUGUCGGUAGUCGUGGGUCGGUGUAGUUAGCCUGCUAGCCGGGUAGCUCUGGUAUCAUCUGUUCCCGCUGGAGACGCGGCCCCGGCAGACAUGGGGAUCCUGUUCACCAAGCUGUGGAGGCUCUUCAACCACCAAGAGCACAAAGUAAUCAUUGUGGGCCUGGACAAUGCAGGCAAGACUACAAUUCUUUACCAGUUUUCAAUGAAUGAGGUGGUACAUACCUCUCCUACUAUUGGGAGCAACGUGGAAGAAAUCAUCGUCAACAAUACCCAUUUUCUUAUGUGGGACAUUGGGGGUCAGGAGUCCCUUAGGUCAUCAUGGAAUACAUACUACACUAACACAGAGUUCGUGAUAGUGGUGGUAGACAGCACAGACAGAGAGCGAAUCUCUGUGACCAAAGAAGAACUCUGCAGAAUGCUAGCACAUGAAGACUUGAGAAAAGCAGGACUGUUGAUCUUUGCCAACAAGCAGGAUGUGAAAGGCUGCAUGUCUGUGGCAGAGAUCUCCCAGAGCCUCCAACUUACCUCCGUCAAAGACCACCAGUGGCAUAUCCAGGCUUGUUGCGCCCUCACAGGGGAGGGGUUGUGCCAGGGUCUUGAGUGGAUGAUGUCACGACUGCGUGUGAGAUGAUGACCUCCAUGGCUUUGUUCAAGAGUGUGCCCUUUUUGUUUUUUUGUUUUAUUUUGUUUUUUGCUUCCAAACAUGGGGAUGUCAAACGGAGGAUCCUCUUCUCCAUCCUCUCCUGAGAAGCCGAUAUGGGCAGACUGCUGACAGGAUGUUAUAUUCUUCUGUAAUUAUUUAUUUUACAAAAGACGUUUGAACUCAGAACAAAAGAAGAAGAAAAAAAACAACUUUUCACACGGACAAAGACCGACAAACUGACUCAAAUUAUUUAAACAAAAAAAUUUCUGCACGGUUUUCCUUUUAGCAAAACACGGACAUCAGCAAAGUGGCCUGGAACUGUACAUGGACUUACUCUUCAGCUGUGAGUGGGUCUAGCCCACAGUGGCCUUGCAGUAUUACCGGAUUGGCUGUGGUGGUUUUCACUGAGCCCCCUCUCAUUGUACAGUCCAGUAUUCUCUCGUAACUUGGUGCCUGCAGCAGAAUGUUCUACCAGUGAUGCUUGGUGGAGACUGAAACACGGUUAUGGGAGGGGCAAAUCAAAAUGUGCCCUCUUACUCUCAGUCCCUGUGAAUAAUCACUGAAAUAAAUUGUUUUUAUUGGUUUCAGGUGAACUGCAUUGUGUCAUAAAUUAUUUCAGUUGACUCACUGAAGUGCUCUGUAUUCCUCUUUUACAAUUUCUUUUGGCCAAAACAUAGCACUAUAAUGAAUGUUGGGUAUGUGACAGUGUUUUGUUUGUUUUUUUUCAAUCCUUUAGGGGGCAGAACCCGUCAGCUGAGCUCAGUCCCAGAUUCUUUUCAGGGAGCAUGAUGAAAAGCUACAGAUGAAAAGCUACAGAAGUAGAGAGGAAUGAGCCAUAGCAUAAGAAAAGGGAGGCAUUCAAGAGGAGAGGAGACCAGGUUCAGAUGUGAGCAGCUCACAGUGAGUGAUGAAAAUUAAGCAGGAUUUCAAAGAUAGAUGAAGGAGAGACUUCCAUAUUUGUCUUAAAGCAGAAGCAAAUUUUAAGUGGUUAUGCAUUGUUCUAUAAUUUCUUUCAGUUUUCUCAUGCUUAUUAAACACAUGUCCUAUAUUUAGUGAUUUUCUUUUUGUUAGAAACAUCUAUAUCAAGUUUCUCAUUGUUCCAAAAUAUUCAGUUGGGGUUGGAUACAUUGACUUGUAUUCAGGUCUUUCUGCUACAGGUAAGUCACACUUGAACAGUGCUGUCUUUUCAAAAUACGAAUUACUAGAAGAAUUAGAACUUAAGGAAUUGAAAAGCUAUGCUUUUUGUACCCAUUUCAACACAAUUAAUCUGACUGUUAGUAUAUCAACGCGUGUUCAGUUUAUGUUGACUAAAGUCUUCAUUAAUCACCACAAAUAUCUUUGGAUAAUUUGGUCCUUUGGUGUACUGCCUGUACAGGUCUAAUACACUACCUUGUAAAAAAAAUAAAAAUAACUCAAAAGGAAUAUGUACAAAGGUAUUCAUCCCCCUUUAACCAUCACAUACAGUUUAUAGUUUAUUAGAAACUAAAGAGAAGUUAUGUAGAGCCAGUAAUAUAGUCAUUGCAUAAAGUUAUUUGGUAUGUGGGCAGGGAUGAUCUUGGGUGCCAGUCUGUAUUUGAGCAAACCUGAAGAAUCCACUGAUUGAAGGCACAGUCAUGUUGGAUCACUGUCUUGUGAGCAAGAGGAUGCAAUGUUGUUUUACAUUUUAGCUGCCUUUAUCUUCACAAUCAGCUGUAGGAACACCAGGCAACUCCAUCUUUAUUUGUCCUACCUGGGAAAUUGAUCAGAGUUACGUAAGUGAUAUCAUGUGCUCAAAACAUUUAUAUGCCUUAACCAUUCAUUUUGUAAUCAAAUGUGUUCUGUAACUUCAAAGUCGCAUGGAUUUCAUAAGGUGCAAUGCACAUGUCGGUAUGGGGUUAUCAAAUGAUGCAAAUCACACACACACACACACACACACACACACACACACUAAAACAAAACUACAACCUUAAUGUCAGCAAAAAAAAAGGUAAUGCCAGCAUUUUCACAAGGAACUGAUGGUUUUCAGAGUGUUAAAAAUGUAUCAAGAUUCUAAAGUAAAACGAUCAUAUGACUCAAUUAGUCUUAGAAUAUCAACACUGAUUCACUCAAGACAUCUCACAGAUAUUAAAGAUUGACAGUUUGUCUUUUGGUUUUUGCCCUUUCUUUCAAAACUUGCAGGAUUGUUAGCAACAUAUCCCCUUUCUACAAAGCCACUUCUCGACCAGUGGAUUUAAUUUUAGGCUUCUUACCUCAGGGGAAUCGAUUCUAACAUGUUGAUCGACUGAAGUUGGCAGUUCCUGUGUUGUUUUCCUCUGUCGCAGCUGUUGUGUUCUGGUCUCGCUGGUCAUCACUCAUUUUUUCCAAUGACUAAGCAUCAAGAAUCCUCCUCCUCUAUGUGUGUCUUUGUUUUGACUGAUGGAAUCACCAGGCUGUUAUGAUGCCCCAUAACAUCUGAACCCUUAGAAAUGUUUCCAAAUCCUGAAUAAUCCUCUCCAUCUAUCGAUGCCAACGCAUGCUCAAAGAAUAUUUGUCGGAAGUCAAAAAAGUAAUUAUGGGCAGUGAGGUGUUGGUAACACAGCUCAUAUGUUGUUUUUUUUCAAAUCUCAAAAUGUUUGCUUCUUUUGGCUGGCUAUAGAAUAACAAUAACAACAAAGUCUAACAUCUUAAAAUGAAAUGUCAAGUCUAACAUUGCAUCUUAUUAAAUAUGUCAUUAACUGUG